GAGGAGGAGGAGGAGGAGGCGGAGGCGGCGGCAGCAGCAGCCAUGGACGAGCAGGGCUGCCCGCGCUGUAAGACCACUAAGUACCGCAACCCCUCCUUGAAGCUGAUGGUCAAUGUCUGCGGGCACACGCUAUGUGAGAGCUGCGUGGAGCUGCUGUUUGUGAGAGGGGCUGGGAACUGCCAUGAGUGCGAUACGCCGCUGCGGAAGAGUAACUUCAGGGUGCAGCUCUUCGACGAUCCUGCUGUUGACAAGGAAGUGGAAAUCCGUAAGAAAGUGCUGAAAAUAUACAAUAAAAGAGAGGAUGACUUUCCCAGCCUAAGUGAAUAUAAUGAUUUCCUGGAAGAAAUAGAAGAAAUAGGUCUUUCCAAUAUUUAUGCAGUGUUUAACUUGACUAACAAUGUGGAUUUGGAGAACACUAAAAGGAAAAUGGAGCUGUACCAGAAGGAUAACAAAGAAGUCAUUCAGAAAAACAAGAUAAAACUGACCCGGGAGCAGGAAGAGUUGGAGGAAGCUUUAGAGGUGGAACGACAGGAGAAUGAACAAAGGCGACUGCUUGAACAGAAAGAGGAACAGCUACAACAGAUGAUGAAAAGGAAGAAUAAACAAGCACUCUUGGAUGAACUGGAGAGCUCCAGUCUUCCUGCUUCGCUGCUUUUGGCCCAGCAUAAAGACAGAUCUACUCAGCUAGAAAUGCAACUGGAAAAACCCAAACCUGUCAAACCAGUCACAUUUUCCACUGGCAUCAAAAUGGGUCAGCAUAUUUCGUUAGCUCCUAUUCAGAAGCUGGAGGAAACUUUGUAUGAGUACCAGCCUCUGCAAGUGGAGACAUAUGGACCACCAGUUCCAGAUCUUGAAAGUUUGGGAAGACUUGGGUACCUGAACCACGUACGAGCCGCUUCUCCACAGGAUCUUGCUGGGGGCUACACUUCUUCUCUUGCGUGCCACCGAGCCUUGCAGGAUGCUUUCAGUGGUCUCUUCUGGUUCCCCAGUUAGCCAGCGUGCACCAGCUGCAAUAAGGGGAUGCUGGAUGAGAUGAGGAGCAAGUUAAGGCGGCAGAGGUUGGUAAAAUUGCUGCCAUUGCACAAUGGCUGAGCUGCAGUCACUUCUCUGUGUAAAACCAGCUCUGUUUAAGUGCUAAAGGAAAAAAAGAAGACUGCACGAGGGCUUUGUAAAAUGGUAGAUACAUUUUUGUGGAGUGGGAAGCUCGUUAGUCAUGUGGCACUUUGCUGAGGGAGGCUGAAGCAAUAAGCCACAUCUAAUGGAAGAUGUGAAUAACUCAGCUGUGUAUGUUUGAGGUUUAAAAAAAAAAUACACUUGUAAAUUUCUUUAAAUAAAGCCAGACUUUUUUAUUAAAGUUCGUGGUUUAACUCUUAUUGCAGGGUUUUAUUUGCACAAGCAUUUAAAUGCCAUUUUGAUUAUAACAUUUAGUGUCAACAUUCGAGCCUACGUUUUCUUCCCAUAAAAUUGGCUUCCCCAGUUCAGACAAGUGGGUUUUUCCUCCUGCCAGCGGGAUGAGACGAGAAACACAGGAACUGUGCUGACACGACUCUUGUGUAGGAUCCUUCCUGAUGUCACUUGGUUGUUACCUUUGUCUGGAGAACAAGCAAAGUUUGAGCUGAAAGUCCUUCUGCUGUGUUCCUCUCAAGCGGUCAGGGAGACCUGAAUAUGCUGCCGGUUCCUCAAAGCAGUCACAGUGGGUUUUGUUUCCUUAGCUAUGUUUGCACCUUCUGUGUCAAGUGUGCAGGAGCUUCUUUUGGCAGGAGCAUCCUCCCUUUGGCUGUAGGGAUGAACCUGGCCACUCGGUUUGCUGCUUUCGUGUAUCCCUUCCCCUCGCUCAAGCUAAUUGCAGCAGGAGCAGGGUGCUGUCUUGGGAUGCUUUUUCCACGGAUGUGUAUAAAUUGCAGAAGACUGGAAACCAUUCAGGGCAAUGUAGAGUAAAGCCUGGACCACGUUUUAUAAGUCAUCCCCAAAUAGUUGUUGAAUACUGCUCUGAGGAGCGUGCUGACUGAAUGUAUUUUUCUCUGAGUUGUAAUAAAGAGAAGAAUAAGCUCC